CUAAAUCUAUAGUUAUAAUAUGUAAGUGAAUUUUGCCUUUUUAAGUUUAACAAAUCAUAAUUGAUUAAUGUCCAUAGUUUUGUCAAACGACACGCCUAACUGACGUCGUGUUUGACCUUUCAUCGAGCAAAAUUUUCGAGACUCGACUCUGGAAUCUCGAUCAACUCAGCACUCCCCGUUCCCGAACACACAAAACGACUCUGAGUUAGACUCGCUCUCUCAAACAAUUCCCUCUGUUCCGAUUCUCCUCAACAUUUCCUCCGACAACGAAUCGGCCAUGGCCGGCCAGCGCAACGACUACGGCAAGAGAUCGCAUUCCCAGUCCGACUACGGCGGCGGCAAGCGCCACAACCCGGCGGGCGACGAGACCGGCGAACUCCAGCACGGGAUUGGCAGCGACGACACCGUCUACCGCUACUUGUGCCCUCUCCGAAAGAUUGGGAGCAUUAUCGGCCGUGGCGGGGAGAUCGCCAAGCAGCUGAGGGCGGAGAGCAGGUCAAGCAUUCGAAUCAGCGAAUCGAUUCCAGGGUUUGACGAGCGCAUUGUCACGAUUUACAGCUCCAGCGAGGCGACCAAUCCGUUUGGGGAGGACGAGGAACUGGUCUGCCCAGCUCAGCACGCUCUCUUUCUCGUUCACGAUAGGGUUGUGGCGGAGGAGCUGGGAGGCGACGGCGGCCGUGGCGGCGGUCGUGGUGGCGGGGCUAGUGAUGAGGAAGUGGAAGAAGAGGACGAGCUUGGGGAAGUUCAGCAGAAGCAAGUUACUUUAAGAAUGCUUGUUCCUUCAGAUCAGAUUGGGUGUGUUAUUGGGAAGGGCGGGCAGGUGAUUCAGAGCAUUCGGAGUGAGACCGGUGCUCAGAUUCGGAUUCUGAAAGAUGAACACCUUCCCCCUUUUGCCUUGACUAACGACGAGCUUCUCCAGAUUGUAGGAGAACCUGCAGUUGUGAAGAAGGCUCUUCUUCAAGUAGCGACUCGCCUUCAUGAGAAUCCCUCUCGCUUCCAGCACUUGCUUUUGUCUACUUCCAACAACCCGUAUCAGUCUGGUGGCAUGUUCGCAGCACCAAAUGCUGGUGUCCCAGCAAUGGGUGCUUAUGGAAGCUACAAAGGUGGCUGGCCAUCCUCGUACCCUGAUUCAAGAGACGAUGGUGGGUCUGCCAGGGAUUUUGCUGUUCGCCUGCUCUGUCCAAUUGGAAAUAUAGGAAGUGUGAUUGGUAAAGGAGGUGCUAUAAUCAAACAAAUUCGUCAGGAAACUAGGGCUUCCAUCAAAGUUGAUAGCUCCGCUGCUGAAGGAGAUGAUUGCGUUAUCUUUGUAUCAGCAAAAGAGGUUUUGGAUGAUCAAUCUCCGACUAUCAAUGCAGCACUGAAAUUGCAGCCUCGAUGCAGUGAGAGAACUGAAAGGGACUCUGGAGAUUCUGUACUCACCACCCGUUUACUUGUACCAAGAUCACAGGUUGGAUGCCUUAUGGGUAAAGGUGGUUCCAUUAUUUCUGAGAUGAGGAGUGUAACUAGGGCAAGUAUAAGGAUUCUUUCUGAGGAUAAUCUUCCCAAGAUUGCCACUGAAGAGGAUGAAAUGGUGCAGAUCACUGGAAACCAUGAUGUUGCCAGUAAUGCCCUUUUACAAGUAAUGCUAAGGUUGAAAGCGAAUGUAUUUGGAAGAGACGGUGCCCUAUCUUCAUUUCCUCCGGCACUUCCAUAUGUCCCAAUGCCUUUGGACAUGUCAGAUGGCCUGAAACAUGGAGGGCGAGAUAGUCAAACUCGUGUACAUGGUGGUUACCCAUCAUCUUCUGGGACAUAUGGUGAUGGUUAUGCCAAUCCCUUGGUGAGCUUAUCUUUGUUUUAUCAGGGAGAAUAUCUGGGUGGUGAAAGUGGUGGUUAUGGCGCAUAUGGCAGCUUGUCUUCUGGUCGAUCCAAUAGUGCUGGGUUGGCGGGUCAAAGCCCCAUGUCGCAAAGAAAGCAUCAUGGAUAUUAAUCUCCAUUAUUGGGCAGCAGCACCGAUCUACAAAUCCCGAAGCCUGCCCCUAUGCCCAUUUGAUGAAGCCUUCAGCCUAGAACAGAAAAUGCUCACAGAUGACCCACGUUUGAGAAAAAUUGUACUUCACCUUGGUCCACCCACUCGAUGCUUUCUUUGGACCUGUGAUCUGAUGAUGCAACUGAUCAUUCAAUUCCUGGACCUUGACACGAUAAUUUAAGUUUUUAAGCUGCUUGCUCCAGGCAUUCUCUAUGCCUAUAUGGCAUGCUUUUUAUGUAACAGCAAUAAUAGUUAGUGUAUCAGUAUAAUGUUUGCAAACUAGUCCUCUUCCUUUAGAGAUACUCAUAUAGCAACUGGUUGUUGUAGUUUUUAAUCAGCAUAAUGGUUGAGAUAUUGGUUAUAUAACCAUUCUAUCCUUCCAUGCUGUAUCAUCAUGUCAUUGUAGGCUUGCUUCAUUUGUUUUAUUUCUUAUAACAUCUGCUUCUACUCUCUGUAUGAUUCAAACUUCCGAACUGGAGCUAUCCUUUGUUUAAUAUCUUUUUCACUAUGCUUUGCUGCAGUUUUCCUUAGUGAUGUCAGAAUGAAUUAUUUGACACCAUGACAAGUAGUUUGUGAGUUUGAAAGCACAUAUCUUGGUAUGGUAUGUGUUCAGGUUUGUUGUGGGAAUAUAGCAAUGGGCACGAUUUACCUGCGAGGUAAUGGUGCAUAUUGGGGGUGAUCUCCUUCAAGAUGUCAGUUCAAUGAAGGUAAAUGGUAGGCUAGGAGCCGUUUUUUCCCUUCUUCUAUAGAUUGCUUCAUGUUCCAUAGGCCUUGGUUGUGCAAUAUACAUUGCUUUAUGAAGUUUUAAGCUGAUGCAGAGUUGACGUUUGUUUGAUUUUCUGUGGAUGCCAAGAAGGGGUAUGUAUUUCUGCUGUCCUUUUCUAAUAUUGGCCACCUUAAUUAAUAACAUACACACUAAAGGGGUAUUAUGUAUUUUUUUUCCUUCUGCUGGAGACUACUGAAAUAGGAUUGUUCAUGGGUAUAGUCCUCGGGCUGCAUUUAGUAGCAUGAAGAUUGUAACCAUCAAUGAGAAGUAGGUCAUGUAACCGUUGUUGCAGGUGGAAACCGAAUACCGGAUUUUGCUUUGAUGAGUGGCCAACAGCCAGUAGACGGCAAGGGAUCUUUACUUGGACAAGAAAGCACAAGGGAAAAGAAAUGCUCUGGUUUCUGGCUGUUUUAGUCAAGAGACUUGACAUCCUUGCCUGAAGGAAAGGUGGAGCCUGGAGGAGGUUUUGUUCAUUUGAAGCUUUUUCACUUGAACUAGAGCAGGGUGUAGAAACUCGAACGUGCUGCUAAUAGUUUCAUGUAAUCUGAUUUCCUGUAUAGAUGUAGGUUGGUCAGUAAGUAGCCAGUAGUAGUCACUUGGUCCAUUACCCCCAUUUAAUUGGUACAUUCUUAUUGCUUGGUCAUGCUUUUUUGGGUAACUUGAUCCCGAUAAUAAAUUCGAUUUUCGUAUAACCAGAUAGUCUCUUUGAAUGGCAAGACUUGUGCAGAUCAGUAUUCUUAAUAGCAGAGACAAGAAAGAGGAGAUCAACAUACAAAACAAAACCUGGACUUCUCUCGGUUCGAUUCAAUCUUCCUCAAGCAGUUCUGAAGACUCGGUAUCAAGAACAUCUCAGUAACAGAAAACAGAUGCAGCAAAACAAGAAAAACAUCUCAACGCCUGGUUAUUCAGAAAAUCCACCCUUCCUUGUCUAGUUCAUGUUCAGCCCCGAAACCCACAGAGCACAUUGAACAACAGCAAAAAUCAACCUCGGAUGAAUGAGGGGAGAAACCCUAUUGAACUUGGGAUUGCUCCAUAUGCUCCUCUGCAGCAGCAGCUGAUUCGUCUGAUCGACCAGGUUCAUCGUCUGUGGGGGAAGUCCCAUCCUCAGCUGCCAUUCCACCUUCACCAGGAGCAUAAGCCGAUCGCCUGGCUCUUGAAUGCUGCUGUCGAUUUGGCUGCAACUUGGGGCGGAGAGCUUCGAGAGGUCCUUUAGGCUUUUGUGCUCCUUGCUGCUCAUUGCCCAAUCCGCAGA